AUGUUUUGUAUUCCGGAGUUACCCCCGGGCUACCUUGCAUAUUCAGUUAUCGGUUCACGACGCACCAACCGAGGCCACAGGCCACCACCAUUCCUUCCUUGUUCCUUCCCCAGCUCCGCAGGCUGCUCAUCGCCCUCCCUCCGCGCCCCCGAUCCAGAUCCAGAUCCAGGGGCUUGUCAUGGCAUCCAAACGUAUCCUCAAGGAAUUAAAGGACUUGCAAAAGGACCCUCCAACAUCAUGCAGUGCAGGUCCUGCUGGUGAGGAUAUGUUCCACUGGCAGGCAACCAUCAUGGGUCCUCCUGAUAGUCCAUAUGCUGGAGGUGUUUUCUUGGUGAACAUUCAUUUCCCGCCAGACUACCCCUUCAAGCCUCCAAAGGUAUCUUUUAAGACGAAGGUCUUCCAUCCAAACAUCAAUAGUAAUGGAAGCAUAUGUCUUGACAUUCUUAAGGAGCAGUGGAGCCCUGCUUUGACAAUCUCUAAGAAUAUCAAUUGCAAGCCAUUCUUUUCGUUCAAAAUUUACACGUCCAAAACAUACCAGAGAAACUAUCAUAUGUACUUAGGCUUUGGACACCUUUCGAGUACAGGACUGCGAAACAAUAGUUUUGCUUUCUAUCUGCUCCCUGCUUACUGAUCCCAACCCAGACGACCCUCUUGUCCCUGAGAUUGCUCACAUGUACAAGACGGAUCGGCCUAAGUACGAGGCGACAGCCCGCAGCUGGACCCAGAAGUACGCCAUGGGAUGAAAUGUUCGGCGUUACUGGCUAAAUGCAGACGAUUGUGGUGUUGCCCAUGAAACUGUUAUCGGGGACGUAUGUUCUUCUGUUCCUUGUGCAUUCUCCGAUCCAUCUCUAGGAUCCGAGUUCUAGUCCAACAUUAACCUACCAUUGCCUUGGGUAAUGAGAUGACUUGUGCUUGCUGUGGUAACUAUGCUAGUGUUGAUGUUAAUGAUUCUCAUUGAGGGCUUGUUCAGGGAUUGGAGGGUUUAGGGGAUUUUGACUUAUUGGCGAGCUCUGCUGCCAGUCUAUAUCUACUAUUAUUA